CAUUAACAAUAAAAAAUUCAAAAAAUUAGGGGGGGAAGAGAGGGGUAUAUAAGAAUGAGUCCAAUAAUUUAAAAAUUUGGGAACAUCUCCGACAGCAUGGAAACCUGUUGGUUCCUCACACUCUUUUGCACUCUCUGCGUUUCCUUCUUCCUCAAACCUCUUUUCACGUUCAUCUUCUCCGGCAACUCCAAGAAACUCCCGCCGGGACCUUUCCUACCAUCUCUAAUCGGAUACAUCCCAUGGCGGAGACGACCCAUCCGGCUCGAACUCAUUCUCCGGGACCUCAGAUCCAAGUACGGCCCAAUCUUCACUCUCCGAGUCGGCUCCGUCCCGUCCAUAUUCAUCUCCGGCCACUCUCUCGCGCACCAAGCUCUCAUCCAGAACGGCUCCGUCUUCUCCGACCGCCCGAUCCCGCCGCCUGUGACUAGGCUCCUCAAUAGCAACCACCGCAACAUCAGCUCCGCCGCCUACGGCCCUACCUGGCGCCUCCUCCGUCGCAAUCUCACCUCGGAGAUUCUCCACCCUUCUCGGGUCAGAUCCUAUUCGAAAGCCCGGCGAUGGGUUCUCGCAGAUCUCUGCAAAAAUCUCCUCAAUCAAAACCCAGACUCAGGCGUCAAGGUAAUCGAUCAUUUCCGCCACUCCAUGUUUUCCCUGCUUUCUAUGAUGUGUUUCGGAGAUAAACUUGAUGAAACCCUAAUUAACCAAAUUGAGGCGACGCAGAGAAGGGUCAUUCUCAGUUUUCGUAGAUUCUAUUUGCUCAAUUUCUGGCCUACAAUUGGGAGAAUUUUCUUCAGGAAUCUCUGGAAAGAGGCGAUUCAGGUAGCCCUAGAUCGCGAAAUCACUCUGAUCCCUUUGAUCAAAGCCAGAAUUGAGCCCAAAGAGCAGGGAAUCGACGAGGAAGACAAAGAUCGUGUCUUGGCUUAUGUAGAUACAUUGAAGAAUUUAGAAUUGCCAGAUGAGAAGAGGAAACUCAACUAUGGAGAAAUGGCUACCCUUUGUGGGGAAUUUCUCAAUGCCGGUACCGACACCACUUCCACUGCUUUGGAAUGGAUCAUGGCCAAUUUGGUGAAAAACCCUUCCAUUCAGGCCAAACUCUACGAAGAAAUCGCGGGUGUUCUUGGAACCUCACCCAAAGAAGAUGAAUUUGUGAAAGAGGAGAAUUUACAGGAAAUGCCGUAUUUGAAAGCAGUGAUCUUGGAAGGCUUGAGACGCCACCCUCCCGGACACUUUGUGCUUCCUCACUCAGUCACAGAGGAAGUUGAGUUCGAAGGGUAUUUCCUCCCCAAGAACGCGGUGAUCAACUUCAUGGUGGCGGACAUGGGGUGGGACCCGAAGGUGUGGGAGGACCCGAUGGAGUUUAAGCCGGAGAGGUUUCUUCCAGAAGGGGGAGGAGGGGAAGCGUUUGACAUAAGUGGGACCAGAGGAGUCAAGAUGAUGCCGUUCGGCGUUGGGAGGAGGAUUUGCCCUGGCCUGGCUUUGGCCAUGUUGCAUUUGGAGUACUUUGUGGCUAAUCUGGUUUGGUUCUUUGAGUGGAAGUGCAUCAAUGGCUGCGGCGUUGAUCUCACCGAAAAGCAAGAGUUCACUACUGUCAUGAAAACCCCUCUCCGGGCGCGUCUCUAUCCGCGAAACAACAAUAGAUAAACUCAUCUGAACUUGGCAUGUUCUGAUGCUAAAGGUUUAAUGUAACUCUUUGGUCUUUGGCUCCUCAGAGGUCUUUCUUAACUGUGUUCUUCAGCUCAUUAUGCUUUUGUUAUAAACUUGCUUACACUUUGUAUAAAACUGGCAAAAUACACAUGAAUGAAUAAUGUCUGUUUCC